CAGCAGAGGGCGCAGGACUCCUCCAGACGUGCAUGUCGCCUUCAGGCACAUUUGGAAAUUAAAGGAAAUUCUAAAGGAAAAACGCCCUUUGGGCGUGCAAAUGCAGCACUUCAAGAGUCAACACUGGACGCAGGGUUAGAGCCACUCUGACAGAAGGUCCAGAGGCUACAGGAUGAGCUCGAUGACCGAAGCAGAUUUGGGUCAUAAAGAUUAAACAAUUAAUAAAUCAUCUGAUGGAGCAGUAUUUCCCAAGAUGGAGCAAUGAAGAGAAAGCCACGAUGCUAAGACAAAUUGUGGUCAAACCCCGGAGACAAGCUUUUUGGGGGGCCGGUUACCCAUUUCAUCCUCACUCUUCCUCUUGCCUUUCUAUGAAGGAGGAAGUUUUUUUAGAAGCUGCAGAAUAUGGCAAUAUCCCUGAAGUGAGGCGGAUGUUGGAAGAGCUGCCAGAGCUCAAUGUUAACUGUGUCAACUACAUGGGACAGAAUGCACUGCAGCUGGCUGUUGCCAAUGAGCAUCUAGAACUUACCAGACUUCUUCUAAAGAAGAAAGACCUCGCCAGAAUAGGAGAUGCUUUGCUGUUAGCCAUCAGUAAAGGUUACAUUCGCAUAGUAGAGGCCAUACUGAACCACGAGGCUUUUGCAGACAGUCAAAGGCUGACUAACAGCCCCAGCCAGGCAGAGAUGCAUGAUGACUUUUUCUCCUAUGAUGAGGAUGGGACACGGUUCUCUCAUGACAUCACUCCCAUCAUUCUGGCUUGCCAGUGCCAAGAGUAUGAAAUAGUGCAUAUACUUCUUCUUAAGGGAGCCAGGAUAGAACGACCCCAUGACUACUACUGUCAGUGCAAGACCUGUAGUGAGCAGCGGAGGCAUGACUCUUUCAGCCAUUCACAGUCCCGCAUCAAUGCAUAUAAAGGUCUAGCCAGCCCGGCAUAUCUCUGUCUCUCCAGUGAAGAUCCUGUGAUGGCAGCGCUGGAACUGAGCAAUGAGCUUGCAGUUCUGGCCAACACUGAGAAAGAGUUCAAGAAUGAUUAUAAGAACCUGUCCAUGCAGUGUAAAGACUUUGUGGUGGGGCUCCUGGAUUUGUGUCGAAACACAGAGGAAGUGGAGGCUAUUUUAAAUGGGGACAAAGAAUCAUAUCGUAGCUCAGACACCACGAACAGACAAAACCUGAUUAGGUUAAAACUUGCAAUAAAAUAUGAGGUUAAGAAGUUUGUGGCACAUCCAAACUGCCAACAGCAACUCCUUUCCAUCUGGUAUGAAAACCUAUCUCGACUCCACCAGCAAACAACAGCAGUUAAGAUUCUUCUUGUUCUUGGUGUAGCUCUUGGGUUGCCUAUACUGGCUUUUAUUUACUGGAUAGCACCAUCAAGUAAGUUUGGGAAACUUAUGGGCGGCCCUUUCCUGAAGUUUGUGGCGCAUGCAGCUUCCUUCAUGAUAUUUCUUUGCCUACUGGUCCUGAAUGCAGCAGACCGCUUUGAGGGAACUUCACUGCUGCCCAACAUGACCAUCCAUGAUUACCCUUCACAGCUUUUUCGUAUGAAGACCACGCCCUUCACCUGGAUGGAAAUUCUCAUCAUAUCUUGGGUCAUAGGGAAGAUCUGGGAAGAAUGUAACAACAUUUGGUCCCAGGACAUCCGGGAGUACAUAUCAGAACCCUGGAACCUUCUAGACUUUAGCAUCCUCACCAUUUUUAUGACGUCUUUCACUGCCAGAUUAAUGGCUUUUUGGCAUGCAUAUUCAGCCCAGUGUUAUAUUGACAAGCACCAUACUAGCCUGUCCAACAUGACGUUGCCCUUUGAAAUACAGUAUUUCCAGCUUGCUCGAAUCCACUGGAUGCCCUCAGACCCGCAGCUUAUUUCCGAAGGCCUUUACGCAAUUGCCGUUGUGCUUAGUUUCUCCCGCAUUGCGUACAUCCUGCCCGCCAACGAGCGCUUCGGGCCUUUGCAGAUCUCUCUGGGAAGGACGGUGAAAGACAUAUUUAAAUUCAUGGUGGUGUUCGUAACAGUGUUUGUGGCUUUCAUGGUAGGAAUGUUCAAUCUGUACUCAUACUACCUUGGAGCCAAACACAACGAUGCCUUUACAACGCUUGAAGAGAGUUUUAAAACAUUAUUUUGGGCCAUCUUUGGGCUGUCAGAAGUGAAAUCAGUGGUGAUUGACAUCAACCAUAAGUUCAUUGAGAAUGUAGGCUACGUUCUGUACGGGGUGUACAACAUCAUCAUGGUGGUCGUCUUGCUGAAUAUGCUCAUUGCUAUGUUUAACAGCUCUUUCCAAGAAAUUGAGGAUGAUGCAGAUGUCGAGUGGAAAUUUGCAAGAGCUAAACUCUGGUUCUCUUACUUUGACCAUAGUGGCACACUGCCUGUGCCCUUCAAUCUUGUGCCCUGCCCAAAAUCAGUAUCUUGUCUAUUGCUGAGUAUAAAGGAUUUCAUCUGGAAUGUACCUCCCGGCAGACACACAAAAAAAUCACGCAAUGAGAUGGAGCUUAACAAUUUAAGACGACAGGACGAUCUGGCUGGGGAAACAUCUCUUUGUCCAACCCGUCAUCAAAAAAUAAUGAAUUGUCUCAUUAAAAGAUACAUCUUAAAAGCACAGAGGGAUAAAGAUAACAAUGAAGUGAAUGAAGGUGAACUGAAAGAGAUCAAACAUGACAUCUCCAGCCUUCGCUUUGAGCUCCUGGAAAGGGAGAAGCACGAUAAGAAGACACUAACAGAGCUCAUGAGGCAGCUGGAAGAAGUAAUGCAUGCGAAGCAGAAAGAAGAGCAGAAGCAUACACUGGAUAUGGUUUCUUAAAAACAAUAAAGAUUAGAAAUGUAUUUACUGGACACACUCCAUCGUUCUCAUUAAUGAGGGAUUCAGUCAAGGCCAAAUGUUUCUGUGACACAGACUUAACACACAACUUUCAGACACAACUUAGCUGAUAAAACUACAUAUUUUGUAUUCAUUAUAAAAAAAAUUCCUCCAUUUUCUCCAUUGUGUAAACUUAUUAAUUUGUUUGUCUUUUGAUUUUUUUUCCGUGCC